AUGGCCAAAAGCGGGUUCGAGUCCACGAUGGGCAUCACCGAGACCAAUCGCUCCGUCAAUUUGGACCCGAGUGUGCAGCACAUCCCGCUCAAUCCGUCGCUGAGCCAUCUUCGGCCUCCUCCUGCUCGCGUCUCCGACAACCCCAAGCUCUUCGUGGGUCUCUCAGUAUUCCGUGACGGCUAUCGCUGUGCUACAACGAUCCUCACUGGCUUUAAACGAGCUACAAACCCUGCGAAUAUCGUCUUCGGGGUAGUCGACCAAGUGUAUCCAUCAGACCAAAAGUGUCUGGACGAGUUCUGCAAGAUGGCUACACAAACAUGGCCCGACCAGGGUCAGUGUCCGUACAAGGCUCAAAUUCGAGUCGACGAGCGCUCUGCGUACGAGUCCAGAGGUCCGACACUAGCGAGACACCAGCAGCAGAAUCUGAUAAAAGACGAGGAGUUUUGUCUUCAGCUGGACGGCCACAGUAUCUUUACCAACGGGUGGGACGAGAAUUUGCUUAAGGAAUGGAAGGGCAUCGACAACGAGAUGGCAGUUUUGACCACGUAUAUCCACCAUAUCCACAACUUUGUAGCUGCAAAUGGAGAUAACGUACCACCCAAAAAGUUGGAUCUGCCACAUCUGUGCACCACGAUGAGAGGUAGCAACGGGUUGGUGCGCACAGUUGGUGCUAGUAUGAUCGGAGGGUCCAAGAUGCCGCAGCUGCAGGCGCUGUGGGGGGCAGGCUUCUCGUACAAUAAAUGUCACGCCGAGAAGCGGGUGCGUGUGGACUCCCAUACGUUGUGGAUGUUCGACGGAGAGGAGUUUCUGCGUGCGUCCAGAUUGUGGACACAUGGGUACGAUAUGUACUCACCCAGUCGACUUGGAACGGUAGUGUAUCACAACUACACGUCAGUGCCAGCCAGGUUUGAGGGGAUCCCUGUGGACCAGAAACUCAAGGACAAAGAGGAAGAAAUGGGGGUGAACCGCUUCAAAGUGCUGGUAGGUCAGCCCUUUGAGGGGCGAGUUAGUACGAUGGAACUGCAGAAGUACGGAUUUGGAAAUGUUCGCUCCUUUAAGCAAUACCUUGAGUUUUCCGCGACAUUGGGUGCCAUACACCAACUCGACAGAAGUCGAGGAGAUUGUCGGCGGAGGUUGGAAACUCGACGCCUCCUCAACGCAAUUUGGUGA